AUGUUUGGACUAGGUGGUCAACCUCAAUUAUCUUCGCAGCAGAAAAUCGCGGCCGCGGAAGCGGAAUUGGACCUUGUUACAGACAUGUUCAACAAGCUUGUCUCAAACUGCCACAGAAAGUGCAUAGACAUGAACUACAACGAGGGCGACUUGAACAAGAACGAGUCGAACUGCCUUGACAGAUGUGUCGCGAAGUACUUUGAGACCAACGUCAAGGUGGGCGAAAACAUGCAGCAAUUGGGCCAGAACUUCUCCCCAGGCAAGUUCUGA